AUGAAGUUUCGCGCUAAGAUAGCGGACGCCGCCUGUCUGAACCACUUCACGCGCGUCAGCUGCAUGGUGGCCAAGCUCGCCCGCACCUGCACCCUGCGCAUCCGCCCGCACACGCUCAACUUCAUCCUGGCCGACUCCGCGGCUGGCGGCGGCGGGGUCAGCAUGUGGUGCGAGCUGCCCCAGGAGAACUUCUUCAGCGAGUUCCAGAUGGAAGGGGUCUCCGAGGAGAACAAUGAGAUCUACGUAGAGCUCACGGCAGAGAACCUCUCUCGGGCCUUGAAAACCGCGCAGAAUGCCAGGGCCUUGAAGGUCAAGCUGACCAACAAGCACUUCCCCUGCCUGACAGUCUCCAUAGAGCUGGUGUCUGUGUCGAGCAGCAGUCGCAUGGUGACCCACGACAUCCCCGUAAAGGUUAUUCCCAGGAAACUGUGGAAGAAUUUACAGGAACCGACAGUCCCAGACGCUGAUGUUAGCAUUUAUCUGCCGGUCUUGAAGACGAUGAAGAGCGUUGUGGAAAAAAUGAAAAAUAUCAGCAAUCAACUUAUUAUUGAAGCAAACCUCAAUGGAGACUUGAACUUGAAGAUAGAAUCGGAACUAGUAUCUGUUACAACUCAUUUUAAAGAUCUUGGGAAUCCGCUAUCAGCCUCUGAAAACGAGUCUGAGGACCGCAGCCCCGAGCAGAUGGCGGAGGUGCAGGUGGACAUCAGGAAGUUCCUGCAGUUUCUUGCUGGACAACAAGUGAACCCCACCAGGGGCAUCUGCAAUGUUGUGAGUCACAAGAUGGUGCACUUUGACCUGCUCCAUGAGGACGUGUCCCUGCAGUACUUCAUCCCAGCCAUGUCCUAG